GCGAUGCGCAGGAGUCGCAUAAGAACGAAAGUCAACGAAAAUGAAGGAGUUAUUAGCUGUGAUAUCGUUGCUGGUGGCCGGGGCUGUGGCGGAGCCCCCAGCACCCUAUGCUCCCAGUGGCUGGAAGCCUGAUGGACCGGCCUUUAUCCUGCCACAGAGAGGCCAGAACCAGCAACCAGCACAAUACCUUCCACCGUCAGCGUCCUUGGACCCUCGUUAUCCCAACCCGAGCGUGGAGUAUGGAAAUCCUCAACAAGAAGAAGAUGUCUCAGUUCAGGGUCUACCACCUCAAAGGGAGGAAGUGCCUUUCUUCCAAAGGUCUCCUGUUAACGGAAAACAAAAUGUUGGACCUGGUUUCAACUCGGAUCUCCAGAAUUUGGAUCAAGGAUUGAAGCAGACACAGUUCCAGGAACAACAACAACGCUACCGUGAAUUCGAAAGGCAACAGCAAAAAGAUGCGCAAUUCAAUGCAGCCAACCGUCUGCCAAGACCACAAAUCCCCGCUCAAUUUGCUCCAAGAACCACCAGUACCACAGAACAGCCAACCACUGAGGCUUCCACUGAAGCAUCAACAACAGAACUGAAUCUGAACGAAGGAGAAACCCUGGAAUCUUCAGACAAAGAUGCUAAAGUAUCUGUAGAAGUAGCCAAACAGAAGAUACAAGAAUACCCUGGUGAAUUGUUCCUUAGUUCCUUAGCACAACUUCAAUUGCAGCCCCAAUUCGUUCCUUUCCAACAGUUUGGUCAGCUCAGAGCUCCAUUAAUCCUCCAACCGGUUCAAUCUCAAAAACAAGUCGCUGGUUUCGAUGCUCAAACACAUUUCGCGGCUUUGCCUUCAGUGUUAGCUCAGCAGCAAUUACAGCAGCAGAGAGUUGAGCAAGGUUACCAAAAUCCUGCUGUGUUCGUUGCUGAACAGCCUCAAGCUCAAAUUCAGCCAGUCACAGCUUACCAGCAGCCUCAAUUCCAAGCUGAGCCUGUUGCAGUCCAACCAGCUCAAGCAGUACAACCUCAGGGUUUCUACGGACAACCUAAUGUUGAACCUGUAGCUCAAUACCAACCUGCGAAUGCAUUCCCUCAACAGUUACAACCUGUUCCUCAGUUUUCUGCUCAGCCAGUAGUAUUGCAGCCUCAAGGUGCUAACCAGCUGCAACCAGCUCCUUUCCAACCUCAGCAACCAGCUUCGUUCCAACCUCAACAACCUGAUCAGUAUCAACCACAGACUGUUGAAUUCCAACCUCAACCAGCUCAGUUCCAGCCCCAACCAGCGCAAUUCCAGCCUCAGGCAGCGCAAUUCCAGCCUCAGCCAGCGCAAUUCCAGCCUCAGCCAGCUCAAUUUCAACCACAACCAGCCCAAUUUCAGCCACCGCUUGCCCAAUUUCAGCCACAGCCUGCCCAAUACCAACCUAGUCAGCCUCAACCGCAACCAGACCAAGAAAAUCAAGACGCUGAGAGUAACGACAACAACAGUUACCAACCACAACUAUACCAACAACCACUUCUUGUCCCUGCGAACCAAUACCAGUCUCAAUUCCAACCGCAACCAGGAUAUAUCCAAGCUCAACUCAUAAGCUACCCUGGGCAAGACGUGAGCCAAUUCCAGCAGCAGUUAUUCCAAGGGCAAUUGGAGCAACAGAACCAGUAUCCUCAAAGCCAGAGUCCAGAUGCUCUCCAGAGUGGUUUGGAUGUGAACCAGCAGGGAAAUGAUAUCGAGGAACCUCAGGAUCAAGAGGAAGAUCAGGAUGAAGGAAACAAGGCUACAGCCGUAGCCACAGCCUUUGGAACAAGAACUCAACCCCGUGUGCAAACUAAGUACGGCGCUCCAUUCCCCGUACCCCGAGUACAGGCGGCUCCAAGAACCGUGACCACAACUGAAUCUACCGCUGAGGAGGUGACAGAAGAUGGUCCUGUCGUCGCCCAAGCAGUAGCGAUCGCCGAUGGAACUAGAAAGAAGAGUGCCAAACUGAGGAGUCGUCGAGUUCGUCCAGUAUUCACCCUGGACCGUUCUGGACACUUAGUAUUGGCGCAAGGACAAUAAACUAAACGAAUUUUCAACGAAUAAGGGGGAGACAACUUUUCGAGGGCGAUUGUACCUAAAAUAGUCACUAGUGGCGCUGGUGUUGAAGACCGCCAAAAUUAAUUACCGAACUUGAUCCAAAAUGAUUGGAUCGAUCCACGGAUUAGACCAUGGAUGGAUCUAGUUUUUUGAUACAAACUACAUACACAAACAUAUGUUCAAUAUCAAUAUCACUGUUUCUUAAUUUUUUUGUAAAAAACAGUGAUAUUGAUUGUAUUGAUGACAUUAAAACCGAUAGCAGCGCCACUGCUGACCAUAAAAAAAAGGUUUUCAUUAACCAAAAAUACUUUUUUUAAUAGAAUUUGAAGAUUUUUUUUAAAACCUAGUGAUUCACUUAUUGUACCGCUAUAGGGCUCACCUGAUGGUCAUAUUCUAUUUAAAUGUAAGAAAGUCAGUGGUAUUACCUUUAAAGAUCUAUUUAUAGACCAGUAGACGAACCUAUUCUGUCUUACUUUCUUUGUUUAAAUAUAAAAACAGUAAUAACUUGGUUCAUAUCAUUAAGAUGAUGUACUAAAGAAUCUACAGUUAUCAGUAAAAUAAUGAAAUCUGUAAAUCCAUCUGAUUGAUAAAUAAAUACAAAUAUUGUUGGGAAUGUUUACC